AUGGUAAAAUUGUUGGUUAGAGACAGAAGAGAAAAAUCAUUCACUGAAUUUGUAGAGUCUUACAAUUCGCUUGUAAAAAAACUUGGAAAAUUUGCAGAUAGAAAUGCAGAAUUAGAAAUAUCACAAAGCUCAGCAAUUGAACAUCAUGUUAUACUAUCUCAAGAGCUUGAGAAAUUGAAACGAUUUGGGUAA